AUGUAUUUGACAAGGCGGUGUAUACCACUUCGACAGCUGCCCAUUUAUAGACAGAAUAUUAGCUUUUAUUCUACUUCACAAAAGAAUAAGCUCACAGAAGCACAAGAACUAGAUAAACACGUUCUACCACCAGCAAACCCAGAUGCUUCUUUUCCUCGUCGAUGGUGGCAUAAAGGUAAAACCCUAGUUGUUUUCUAUUGGAGGGGAAUAAAACAGAUUUGGUUUAAUAGGGAUGUCGUCAAGCAAAUUCAAUUGAAAGAUGGUCCACUCAGUCAUAGAGAGUUUCAACUUUUGACAACUCACAAAAAGGACAUAAAAAAGCUUGUUCCAUUCGCUGUCUUAUUCGUUUUAUUAGAGGAAAUCAUUCCUCUCAUCGCAUAUCUCGCUCCCCAGGUUUUACCUUCCACCGUCGUUCUUCCUUCUCAGAAGGUUUCAAUAAGGAAGGCAAUCGAGAACAGGCGGAGUAACGCAUUAGAAUUUUAUCGUCACUCCUACAAUCAGGCUAGUCGGCGACAAUUGUUGAGUAGCUUAUCAGAAAAUGAUGCUCCGAUUGAACCUCAAGAUGUACGUAUCCUUCUUAGAAUAUUCGAUUUGUCGACAUUCGGUACUGCCAGCAUGCGUCAUAACAGAUUGCGCAACUAUUUGUCUCACAUCUCCGAAGACGACGCCUGUAUAUUGAGACAAGAAGUCGAGAAACUUAAAGCGACGUCUUUCUUAUCUGAAGGUGAACUAAGUGACGCAUGUAGUGCCCGUGGAUUCCUUACUUUAGAAAUAGACAACGAAAAACUGACAAAAAUACUCGAUGAAUGGCUCGCAAAUUACCAAAAGGAUAACAUUUACAAACCUUUGCAUCUCAUACUAGACCAACGUAACAUUGACAAAUCAAGCAAUAAAGAAUAA